CUUCUCUCAUACAACACCGAAUUGCUUCAAAAAUGGAUAAAAUGAAAGCUGCGCUCGCAGCGCUUCGAUCGGACCCCGAAUUGUCAAUUACUGAUGCCGCUAAGCACUACGGUUGUGGCCGGAGUGGCCUCUCAAAGCGCUUUAACGGAAAGACCUCUGCACGCGACAAUGCACUCAAAAAUCAACAAUUCCUCAAUAGAGCGCAAUCUAAUGCGCUUAUUAAGCAUAUACACAAGCUUACAGAGCGCUCGUUGCCUCCUACAAUCUCUAUGCUUCGAAAUAUAGCCUUUGAAAUUAAGGGCGAAAGGCCUGGCCAUAAUUGGCCUACUUAGUAGAUUACUGCGCAUAAAGAAAAGCUAGGAACGGGCUUCCUUUGUACACUAGAUGCAGAGAGGAAGAAGGCCGACUUAGAAUAGUACUAUUAAGAGUACUUUGCUUUUAUAGAGGCUAAAAUAGCUAAGUAUAGUAUUAAGAAAAAAAAUAGCUAUAAUAUAGAUAAAAAGGGC